AUGUCUGCCAGCCACCUCGCUGGCAACCGGAACAGCACUCCGGAAGCCUCCAAUACCAACUUGCGCCUCCCUAGUUCUCGAAGUAUCGCCGCCAAUCAUGCCCUGCGUGCGUCCGCUGAUAUGGGUGCUUACAGCCCCUCUCCCUUGUCUAACCGUGGUCUGCGUCCUUCCUCCGAAGUAUACUUCAGUCACACACAGUCCGGGAAUCCCGACGAAAUGGAGCGAGCUGCCCAGCAAUGGAUUGCAGAUAUUGACCAAUACGAGGAUACACUGGAAGAAAUGGCAGCUGCAACGUUGGACCAAGACUUCAAGGAUGAGUUGAGCGCUAUUGAGCAGUGGUUCAGAGUCCUCAGCGAAGCGGAGCGAACUGCUGCCCUUUAUGCUCUUCUCCAGCAGACCACCCAAGUACAGAUCCGCUUCUUCAUACAGGUCCUUCAGCAGAUGGCCAAGAGUCACCCUAUGUCUGGUGUACUCUCGCCAGCCAACUUUGGUGAAAGAGACCCCAUGUCUCAGAAGCUCAACGAUGCUAUGAGCAAGCUCAAUGUUGAUUCCUCCCGUAACUCCGUAGGAGUGGUCGGUCGCCCCCCACCAUCGCCUGGCGCAGGAGCAAAACGCAACUCUCAACUUGAUCCGUCAACGAUCAACUCCAUGUUUCCAGAUGCCGCUGCUGCCAUUGCGAAGCAAAAGGCCGAGUUUACACAGCAUACUGGUGUACCUCCAUCCUCGAACCGAAACAGCGUCAUUGAUCGUUCAUCUCUCGCAGUUCCUAAUGUAGCACCCGAAGACACUAGAAAAGAGAACCUCCCUCAACCACCUGCAUCUCCGUGGGGCCGCAAUACCGAUUCGCAACAAAGUGGUGUUCGCCCGAAAUCUUCAUCCAGUCAGCAGCCGAUGGGUCAAUUCGCGCAGCCACCUCCUUCUGCCGGCCUCCGGUCCCCUCGUCCGCAAGGAGUUUCUGGAGACUCGAACAUUCAGAACACUACAUUGAGCGCGGCUGAUUCAACCGUUGGAGGCAUGCCUGGCAUACUUUCACCUUAUGCCGGAAGUGGCAAUUGGGCGUCCAUGGUUAAUACUCCGUUGGUACCAAAUUUCCAAGCUCAGGGCAAUCACACCGACAUGGUUGCCAACGCCACAGCCAUGAAACUCGCCGCCCUCUCCACUGUCAACAACCGCAUCCAGCUUGAUGAUGUCCGCAAAUACCGCCGUACCCGUUCCACUGAGGGCCAAGGUGGCCUGGCGCCCAAUACUGGUGGUUUCCCCAAUGCCGGUAUGGUCAUGAGAGACCAGCUUGGUCAGAUCUUGUCACCCCAGCAAGCAGCGGCCUUGCAAGCACAGCAGCUCGUUGCCUUGCAGGGGCAACGGUCCCGUCCCAAUUCGCCAGGAAUUGCCAUGCAGGGAGGCAUUCCCGGUGUCAAUCUCACCUCUCCGCAGAACAAUGGGUAUCUUGCAGCCUAUGACAACCAUAAUGUCCCUGGAAUUAAUCUCUCCCAAUAUGGAUUGGCUGUACCCGGUGGAUAUGAAGGAUAUGUCUCCGAUCAUUCCGAGAUGCAACGGGGUCGCUCGCCUCGUGGACGACGAGGCAGCUCAAAGCCGCCAGAGGACCCAACCGAUGUUCAGCUGUUAGAAGACAUCCCUAGCUGGCUCAGAACUCUCCGUCUACACAAAUAUACCGACAAUUUGAAAAGCAUGCACUGGACGGAGAUGGUUGAGUUGAAGGACGAAGACCUUGAAAAGCGAGGUGUUGCGGCUGUGGGUGCUCGUAGAAAGAUGCUCAAGGUCUUCGAGGAUGUUUUAAAGAAGAAGAGUGAGGGCAGAUACGACAUGUACUUAGGGAAUCAGUAG